UUGAAUGCUUCCUUAUCUCUACUCACAGGGAUUUCAAGUGAUGCCAAUCAAGAAACUCUGAAACCCAGACUUAUACAACGGAAUAAGGGCCAGACCACUUUAGAAGCAGAAAUCCAAGGAGUUAUGGAUCAGGUUCAUUCUUUGUAUGGUGAAAAUAAAACCAGUCACAGCAUUGACACGUCCUCCACCAACAUGAAUUCAUCUUUUGGUGUUUUGACAGAUGUCUACUCUGUCUUCCAAUCACUGCUGAGAGAGGGGUUUAUUGAUGAUCUUCCAAAAACCUUAGUUUGCAUUCUAUCUGAAAGACACGAUUGUGGAGAGGAUGCAGAGCUAACAAAAACAGUUUCUCGUGAAUUGGGUAAUCCGCUGCUGAUGUUAUUAUCAUCCCUGAGAUCCAAGACAUGCGCUCCUCUAAAUGAUGGAGAGCAUAGCAGUUUUGUGAAUGCCCACCUAAGGGCGGGAGAAUCCGCUGCUACAACACUGAUCAACUUUCAGCAGACUAUUUUAAACAUUUUAGAAAGAUUGCCUCUGUCUGCAACUUUUGUGAAUGCAGCAAGUGGUGUGGUGGAUGCAGCUAUUUCCUACAUCUCCAACAUCAUGGCGACAUUAAUUAAAGUACCAAUGGAUUUUGUCAAAAUUGCAUUGCAAUUUGGAAUAAGAAUUCCAUCUCUAAAUAACAAAGAGACAUGUGAGCAAGGAGAUCUCAAGCAACUGAUAAUGUGGGGAAUGAAUCACAAUGUAAGCUGGUCCUUCACCAAUUCAUUCAUUGAUAUCAUUUUGGAGAACCUCAUGACUCCAGAACACUCUGUUUGCACAUAUCCAGGUCCAGAAUGCCACAGUCCUCGUUCCUUGAAACAGACCUACUUAGAAUCAGACACUGAUAAUACCCAUGACAUACUCCUGAGAUGUGAUCGCAAUAAUCUAUCCCAGCUCAAUGAUACACUUUGUGCUGAAAUUCUCAAUGGCUCGAGAAAACAGACGUCCACAUCAGUUCUUGUCUUAUGUCAGGCACUCAGUUUGCUCAGUACCCGGGAGAUUCAGCUGGUAUGGAGCAAUAUGUGCUAUGUUAUUCAGGCGCUAGUGUCCCCAAUCCUCCGCAAGUCGUCGGACUGCAGUAUUGGAGACCCACAUCUCUUUUCUGCGAGUAGCCCACAUGCCUCCCUCACACUUCACCGAAAAGCCAGAGAAGCACCCAACUUCCUAUUGCUUGAUUGCAACUACGAUAGCUGGUUUGAAAACCAGACGGUGGAUGCCAUCCUUGUUUCUCUGUGCAGCGACAAUGAACGGGAGGAGUUUGUGAGCCAUGUGUGUAAUAAUGCUUCACUCAUGAGAAAGUUGCUUUCAGACCAGUUGAACAGUUGGUUGUAUGGGUACUGUGCAAAUUCCACAGCAGACCACAACUACCUCGUGGGUCAGUUCUGCGUCUAUGAACAGUGGAUUGUUCAACCUACAGUUGUGAUAAAGCCACACCUCUUGGAGUUCUGUAAGAGUCUGGAUAGCCCAAGACUUACAAAACUGAUCUGUGAGCACAUUGGCUUCUUUAUGUUGUUAUUUUCCAACCCAGAAAAUGCAAGGUUUAUGCCAAACUGCUCGAUUACGCCAGUUCCACAACCGUUUCCUUCCCCGGAUCCACUUUUGCAACUAUCGUGUCACUACUCAGACUGGAAAGAUGUGAUGCAUAUUACGACGGAUAUUUUGGCACAUUGUAUUCGCAUUGAUCCCACAGAUUUUGCAGAGAAGGUUUGCACCAACAAAACAUUUCUAGACAGACUGUUAGGUAAUCAGGACAAUGCCUGGCUUGUGGGUCACUGCAACACUGCUUUGGUUUUUCCAACUACUGUGGCUCCCAGACCCUUUCACAUCUUGGACUGGUGUAACUACAACUCAUGGAAGAAUCGCCAGGUGGAUGAUUCAGUAGUGGGACUGUGCUGGCAGCAUGACCAGCUUGCUUUUCAAAGGAAUGUCUGCUGCGAGCCGUCUUUGUUUAAUCAACUUAUACAGAACCCCCAGAACAAAUGGCUGACAACAGUAUGCACCGACAAGGAAAAGGAGGAAAUAGAGGUUAUACGACAGGUGUGCAAGUAUUCUGAAUGGACUCGCCCCAUCGUUGUUGACAUGACAGAGUUGGCUCUCUGUAGUGAAAGGGACACAAAAAACUUUACCUCCAAAGUCUGCUCUAAUGAAACAAUCCUGCAGAACCUGAUGCUUAAUCAAGACAACACUUGGUUGAUUAAGUACUGUGCCAAUCAUUCAAAUGAAGGUAAAGAUGGAGAGGAUGGAGGAGAUGGGUCAGGAUUCAUCCCUGCAGAGCAUUGCCAGUAUUCUACCUGGAGUAUAUCCCUUCCAGAUGCAGUGCUUUUGACUCUCUGUUGGCAGCACGACCAGUUCAACUUUGUCUUAUCCAUCUGCUCAAAUCCUGCCCUUCUCUACUUGUUGACACAGGAGCCAUCUAACAUAUGGGUGAGCACCAUGUGUUCCACCUAUGUCAAUCACACGACCACAACUAACAAAACUUCAGAAAAACUUUGCUUGGCCAAGCAAAUAGUUAAGCACUUCAACUGGACCUGUCCUGUUGACUUCAGCGCAGUCUGCCAGCCUGGGGCAAGCCAGGACCUGGUCAUGUACUUGAUUAUACGCUGCUGGGCACAGAGUCUGAGGUCCAGGGUGGCACAUCUGGUGACUCCAGCUAUUGCUUCAGUGUUGGAACAAGCUGUCAGCACCUCUGUUGUAGUUUUGCUUGCAAUGGAGGAGAUCCAGAACACUUCACUGUAUGUCACUAAAAAUAUACGGAUUACUGUCCUAGACUCUGUGGUUCGGUAUCUCGAGAGGGAGAACAACUUCAACAAAAAGAGGGUCUUGUUACAGUGUUUUGGGACAGUACUAACAAGCUUGAUGCAGACAGAACAGAAUGGAACUCAUUACGAAUCUCAAAUUAUUAAGGAAUACUUCAGCUUACCAUUGGCCAACUUGAAGUCAGUACUUAGUACUGCUCACAUCAAAACUAUCAGACUGAUUCUCCAAUACUAUGCAAUAAAACAGCAUACACUGAAGCUGACAGAUGUGUACCUGUCCACCCUGACAUCAGUGCUGUUCCAGAGCCAUCUGGCAAAGGAUGCAAGUCUCUUUUCAGAGCUCGCGCCCCUUUUCAAAGCAGCAAACCCUGUUGACAUCUAUACUUUGCCAUCCCUGCAAAACAACGACAAUGUGAGAGAAACCAUAAACGAGAAUUUAGGCCGUUUGUCUGCAGAUCAGCAGAGAGCCUUUGGAUUGUGGUACAGCAAAAUUUUGCCCCCUUCCAAAAUCACUGAAGCUCAUCAGUCCUUCAUCAGGGACACUGGAAAUUUGAUCGCUUACCUGCCCUUCCACAACUUCCAACACCUCUCACCUGCUCAGCUUUUAGAUGGACUGGAAGUGUUACAAAGAAACAACCUGACUUCACUGAAGCAAGAAUUUGUGGCGCAGAGUAUCAUUGGUGCCUACAAAAACCUGACCGCUCAAGACUUCAUCAGACUAGGCAGUCUCACAUGUCUAUCAGAGCCAAGUGACAUCCUGCCAUACAAAGGCAGUGAGGCCUUCAAUGUAAUCUGGGAUGUCCUUAUGAACUGUUCCCACAACGGCCUCAACCUACCGAGUCACCUGACCUCCAGUCUGUUAUUGAACAGCACUGAGUUACAGAUUCCAUCUUCCCUGAGUCCAGAUAGACUGGCAGACAUGGCACCCCUUCUUCCCUCUCUGGGUGUGACUUUCCUGCUGGGCCUCUCCUCCUCGCAGCUUCUUGCUACGCUUCCUGCCCUAAAAGAUGUGUCUUUUAGUCCUGCCCAGGCCUCCAUCAUCGUUGACAAACUUUCAUUUAUUACUUCACUGAGUGCUCCAGGUCGCCUAAAAGAGCUCGGCUUUAUUGCUAUAGGAGUAAAGACGGAGACGUUAUCGUUGAUGCCAUCUGAUAGGCUGCUAUCAUCACUACCUGACAUGGCCCAGCACUCAGUGGGCCUCCAUCCACCACAAGCAAAUGUCAUUGCCACCAAACUAUGGGGCUUUCCAGAGGUGAUCUAUUGGUUGGAUGAUGUCGAGCCACUGCUUUAUUGCACUCCACUUCUUAGUAUCCUAUCCAGAGCUCGCCUACUAAUGGACAACAUCUCCAGUGCAUCCACAAAACCAUGGAAUGCACAGCAGGCUAAAGCAUUAUUAAAAACAGUAGUGAAUACAAGAUCAAACCUUUUUAAAGAUGUGCUGAGUCUCGGGACGCUGGGACAGGGUUUGAGCUGCUAUGUCUUGCAGCAGCAUAUCAGGGCUGAUAGCUCACCUGAAGCAAUUCGGAAAAUCUUGGCCCUCUUUAGGCAGCAGCCGAAUCCUCUGCACACCUCUCUGAAAAAGUGUAUAAUCCAGGAGGUGUAUCAAUUUGAGUUCUUCUCUGAACUGCUUGAAGACUUGGGAGUGGAGAUCGCUCUCUCUAUGCCGGUGAGCACCAUUAAGAAGUUCCCUUUUUAUAUGAUGGACACAUUGCGUAAAAUGAUAAUUAAGGAUCCCGUUCCCUUUUUGAUGAUGUCAAAAACAGAACAGCUUCUACUUGUGGACAAGAUGAUGCAGAGGCUGGGCAUGUACACUGGAGUGUACACUGAGUAUGAGUUCCGAUCUCUGGGCAUUAUGGCCACGUUUGUUGCGGAUGAGAUUCUGGUCCAGCUGGACCGUACAUUCUUCAUGGACAAUCUAGAUUUUCUCCAGACCCUCUGCUACAGCGGCAGCAAGAUGGACAUUGUGGCUCGUAUGCUGCUGGAACAUGAUCUAUUUGGCUCUGCGGUCAAGGACUGGAACCAAACUACAAUCAGUCAGAUAAAUCGUUUUUUAUUUUUCCUUCCUCAGGACCAAUUGCAGGAGAUUUCCUUGGGUUUGAUGACUGUUGGCCGUAUUGAGAAGCUGUUCAUGAGCCAGCGCCAGUGGGAGCAAGGGGUUGUGGGUCUUCAUUGCUUAGAUGAGACUGAGAAGUUGUGGUUUGCUGAAAAGCAGCAGUUUCUUCUUCAGUUCUUUUUAGGGUUCCUAAAGAUAGAUCUGCUCUCACCGCCUCCUAUGGCUCCAACUUGUGAGAUUCUGCAUACAACAGGUCCAUUUGCUUGGACCUCUGACAGCCUGACAAGCAUGUCACCAUCAGCCUUCAGAAACUGUCUGGAGCUGAUUGGCCAUGAUGCCCGUCUUGCAUCUUACCAACGUAGUCAAGUCUUUGAAAAAGUUAAAAAUAUGUUUGGCCCAGUUUCUUCCUUCUCCCAGUCUGUCAUCAGCCAGAUGGGCCAACUAGCACUGGAAAUGUCACCAGAGGAGAUCAGCAGGCUGCGACUAACUGAGAGGAGUAGCAUUGCUGCUAUGGGUGCUAUCAGUGAGUGGACUAACACACAGCUGGUUGCACUGUUCACAUCAACAAUGAACUCCACCAAGAUGAACCCGAGCCAACUUGACUCCAGCACGCUGGUUGCAAUUGGAUACAUUGUGUGUGGAGCUAAAGCAACAGAAAUGAGUUCUUUUAAUGCUGUUGAGUUCAGCAAGGCAGUGCUGUGGCUUGGUCAGCUAAAGCUGUCAUGCUCAGAAGAACAGAUGUCAGCACUUGUGCGCCUUCUGACCCAUAGUCUGGCUUUUGGACCAAUAAGUUUAUGGGGAAUGGAGGUCUUUAUCGAGAUUGGAAUUUUGGCGGCUGCUCUCUCAGAUUGGGUCUUGUCAUCCUUGGUGCAGGAGCAAAUACAAGGAAUAACACCUCUGGCUAUCUCGCGGAUAUCACCAGAAAAAUUUGCUGUUGUGUUUGAGCCGCGGAAGAUUAGCAUGUUCUCUUACGAGCAGGCUGCUGCAGUAACAGAGGAGCAAAUUUCAGCUUUGACAGAGGUUCAAUGGACGGCUCUCUUUAUGGUGCUGUCACCCUGGGAGGAUAGGCAUGUGGACUUUAGAGGGAGGUCACAGGGAGUGAUGCUGAGUCCCAGUUGCCCGUACCUGAUCCUGGGCCUGCUGAUGGUGCUGAUCAUCCAGCCUGACCUGGUUUUAUGACGCUAUUAACCCAGUUAAUUUUGAACACGGGAACAUACUCACCUACACUACUAAUGAUAUCCUCUACAUCUGUGCAAUACCAUUCAUUUUUAAUAAAUCAUUUUUUAACGGUCUCUUUGCACGUAGCGCUGUGGCAACGCAUCCAUUGGGGAUAUGGACACCUCAGCCUUUCCUGGUCUAACGAACUCCAACAUAAUCUUGAGUUACCAACUAAAAAUUAACCUUGUUUUCCAUUCCAAAAGCAGCACAAAAAGGGCGCGCAUUGUCAACCAAACGCAACCGCCUUUUAGGCAACCACAGAUUUCCCACCAAUAUUUAACUAGCCUGUUCACUUCCCAUAUGUGCCUGACUUUGAUACGAAGGCCAAACACAAAUAGUCGACACAUGCAUGGAUAUUUGCUACUUAAAUAACUGGAAAUGUUCAAUGCAAUAUUAUUGGCAUUCCGCACGCACAUUCUAUCCCUUAAGUUUUUCUUUUGUUUUCAUCAAAAAGAGUUUGCAUACAUCAAGGUCUUCUCUAAACUGCUGCUUGGUACUCUGAAGAAGAUUUUAUAAAAAAGAACAUACAGUACUGUACAUCUUUGUUAGUUUGGGCAGGUCCUGUAAACUUCCUUACUUGUUUUCCUUUCGGAUUGUUAUUGGGGUUGCCACAGUGCGUCUUCUGCAUGUCUACCAUCACCACAUUCAUCCACCUUCUCUUUGGUUUUCCUCUCCGUCUCUUGACACCAUCUCUGUCCUACGUAGAUGUGACCAAAACAUAGAUAUCUGCUCUCUCUAACUUUGUCUCCAAAACAUCUCAACUUGUCUCUGCUUCUGAUGAAAUGCAACAAUGACACUUUAAUUUCUACCACCUUCAGUUUGGCUAGAAAAAGAACACGUUGUAUGAAGCAACACAAUUUUUCUCAAGCACAACGAAUUAAGCUCCUCUUUGACAGUGCGGGAGAUUAUGUAUAGAGAGCACAUUACUGUGCGUGCAUUCAUCUGUUUUUCUACACCACACGUCGUCACUGGGAUAGCGCAUGAGCUGAGUAAACACCUGCUGAUCACAUGGCGCAUACUGACAAAAUAUUCACAUUCACUAAUUUAAAUAAUUUAAAGUACUGUAUAUAAAUAACCAUUCUUUAAAGUUGUUAAUUAUAGACAACACAUUAAUCUCUGAUUACUUUCAGAAUUUAAAAUAGGAUAAGCACCAAUGGUAUUAAACUAAACUACACCAAAGAAUGUACAGAAGUUUUUUUUUUCAUUGUGAGUACACGUGUGUUUUUGUUCCAGUGCACUUGAGGGUUGGGAUGUGUGUGAGUGUGCAUGAAGAGAGAGAUGAACCUUGUCUGAUUUUAAAUUGUCCAAAUCCUCUAAACGGUAUUUUAAAUUUUUUUUUUUUUUUCUGUAGUCCUCUCUGAGAGCACACGAUAAUCAGGGUCUUUGUUUAUAAUCAAAAUAAGACAUAUUCAUUAUCCAACAAUACGCUUUUAGUUUUAAUACAAAUGUAAACAAAAUAUAGUCUCUGAGAUACUACGGACUAAACCAGUCACUGAAUCAUAUUCGUUAUAUAUUAUGACAGUUUCUGCACUGUCAAGUUGAAAUAUAAUUCAUUUUUAAAUGACUUUAUGUUCUUAAUUGCAUAAAUGUAAGGCUGUUUUUUUUGUAUGUGUUAUUGACUAUUCCAUUUCCUCUCGCACUAAAAUCUAUAAAUGUCAUAUCUUCAGGUAACAUUGUGUAACAUUUUUUAAAAAAAUAGUCUACUUUGUAUAACAUACAAAUCACUCAAAUUGCCAUUGUGUAACUUUUCAAAUGUUAUAAUUAUUGCUACUGAUGCAAAACAAGUAUAUUUUAAAAAGUCCAUCAACGAUAGUCAUAUUAAAAUUUGUCUGGGUAUUUUGGAAAAUGAGUUCAUGUUCAUGUAUUCAGGAACAGAUGGUAUUUGUUACCAAAUGUGAAGAUAAUAUGUGAGGCAUGCUUCUUACGUGUAAUAUGCUUUUCUAUUGCUUAAUCAAAUUA